AUGGCUUCUGUAGCAAAUACAAAUGGUUCUAUAGAUGCUUUUACAUCUGCAAGUCCAUCUUCUUCUCCACAAGAUUCUCCAAUGGAUGACCCUCUGUUCUUGCAUCACGCAGAGAAUCCAAGUCUAGUUCUUGUCACACAGCCCUUGGUGUGCAACAUGGUUGGCACAUGGCUAACCAAUUCUGUCUCACCAAAGCUUCAAGCAAGCAUCAUUUAUGAAGACAUUGCCUUGGAAAUCUGGAAUGACUUGAAGAAUCGUUUUGCUCAAACUAAUGGUCCUAGAGUGUUCAAUCUUCAAAAGGAUAUUGCAGAGCUUCAUCAAGGUGAGAUGUUUGUAAUUGAUUUCUUUACUCAGUUGAAGGUGUUUUGGGAUCAAUUGCAAAACCUUAGUCCAUUUCCUUCAUGUACUUGUGGUAAAUGUGUUUGCAAUAUUAACAAGAGGCUAACUGAUUUGCAAUUGAGAGAGUCUAUGAUGAAAUUCUUAAUGAGAUUGAAUGAUUCUUUCUCCCAAGUUAGGUCUCAAGUCUUGCUUAUGGAUCCUAUUCCAUCUCUUAGUAAGGUUUACUCUUUGUUAAUUCAAGAGGAAACACAAAGACCGGUUCCUAAUGCUUCUGUUGCUAAGGUUAAUUCCACUGUUCUGGCUGCUAAAUUGUCCAAUAAUCAUCAUGGUACAAAUCUUGUAAGUUCUAAUUCUGGUAGCAAGGGCAAGGACAGACCAACUUGUACCCAUUGUGGCAAGACUGGUCACACAGUGGAUACAUGCUAUAAAUUGCAUGGAUUUCCACUAGGGUUUAAGUUCAAGAACAAACCCUCUAUGGCUCAUCAAGUUUCUUCAGAAAUCUUGCCUCUUGCAUCUCCAAUGCAUCACUAG